GCUCCCAGACACAGGGAGCACGGCGCACAGAGCUGCUUCCAGGAAGGAGGAAGCGGGGAGAAGGAGCCGAGUCCAGCGCACUCCCAGCCCGAGCCAGGCGUCGCCCUUCCGCAGGAGCUCCGCGGCAGGCGGCAGAGCGCGCCUGCACCCUCCCGAUAAGCCGGAGCAGCCCGCGCUCUCCCCAUGGAAAUCUCGCCCAACCACUACGCAGCCUCCAGGGCGGCCUCGGUGGCGGAGAGCUGCAUCAACUACCAGCAAGGGAGCCCCCACAAAGUGUUCCUGGUGCAGGCUGUACAGCAGGCCCGCAAGGAGGAUAUUCCAGGAAGAGGACACAAAUACCACCUUAAAUUUUCUGUGGAAGAAAUUAUCCAAAAACAAGUUACAGUGAACUGCACUGCUGAAGUACUUUACCCUCCAGUGGGACAAGGCUCUGCACCAGAAGUCAACUUCACAUUUGAAGGAGACAUUGGGAAGAACCCGGAUGAAGAAGAUAACACAUUUUAUCAAAGACUCAAGUCCAUGAAGGAACCACUAGAAGCACAAAAUAUUCCAGAUAGUUUUGGAAAUGUACCUCCACAGAUGAAGCCAGUUCGACACUUAGCCUGGGUUGCCUGUGGUUAUAUAAUAUGGCAGAAUUCUACUGAAGACACAUGGUAUAAAAUGGUAAAAAUUCAAACUGUCAAGCAAGUGCAAAGAAAUGAUGACUUUAUUGAAUUAGACUAUACCAUUCUACUUCAUGACAUUGCUUCGCAGGAGAUUACUCCUUGGCAGAUGCAAGUUCUUUGGCAUCCACAGUAUGGUACAAAGGUAAAACACAGUAACCGUCUCCCAAAAGAAACACUGGAAUAAACAAAGACCCUGCAUGGAGAUGACACCUAACAACGCCUCUGGACGAUGUGUGUGCCAGUCUUCCCCGGUAUCUAGUCUAAGGGGCCAAACAAAUCCCCAAGUGUCACUUCGUACAAUAUCUUAUCUACAUAUAUUCCAUAAAAGAGGUGUCCCUACCUAGAAAUGUGUUCAGAACAGUAAAAAUGCUAUGUGUAUCCCAUAAUACAGUUUUACUUUCAGCCUCAUAAA